AUGACCGAUGCAACUGGUGCUGAUGGUAAUGGCGAGGCCUACAAACAGCACUCAAAUUCUGAGAAAGUGUGGGAGAUCGACGCCUACUCUGAACUGCUUGCCGAAAUCAGAGCAGCAAUUGGGCCAUCUAAGAUCCUCUCUGCUGCAGUACCAGGAUUGUACAGAGACUGCAUACCCUUCGCGUGGUUUACGAUACCAAAGAUCUACGAGUCGAUCGACUUUCUGAACGUCAUGCCCUACGACCUCAUGAAUCGACGAAAUGAAGUUACCGACCAUCAUAGCGGUCUGGAUGGAACGACUGGUGCCCUGACGCACUAUACGGAUCCAGCCAGUUACGUUCGAACUGCAGGUAAUGAAACAUGCGAUCGUGUGCCAGCACUCGGGUGUCGCACUGAGUUGAUGGAAAACCCCAUCACAGGCGCUGAUCUCGGCAAGGCCGGAGUCUUCUUGUGGCAUGAUGAAGUACCUCCUGAGCCAGCAGAGUCGUUUGCAAGAGCCGUGAAGUAUGGCGUGGAUGGCAUGACCGGAGGGCCGUUCAAGGGACACUACUACAUAGACAAGGAGGAGCGAAUAUUCUGA